AUGGUCUCAGGAGACAGAAAAAUUAGUGUCCAGAACCAGGUGGAUGAAGUCAUUGAUGUCAUGCAGGAGAACAUCACCAAGGUGAUUGAAAGAGGAGAGAGACUGGAUGACUUACAGGAUAAAUCAGAAAGUUUAUCAGACAAUGCAACAGCGUUCAGCAACCGAUCCAAACAGCUUCGAAGACAGAUGUGGUGGCGAGGGUGCAAGAUGAAGGCCCUUGUAGCUUUGGUUGCUGUCAUCCUCUUGCUAGUGAUCAUCAUACCUAUCAUCCUGAAAUACCACACUUGACUUGAUGGCUGGAGACCUCUGUGGAAGCGGCUCUGGGAUGAUAAAAGCUGCUGUGUAAUUUAAAUGAAACAUAUGUAUAUAGCUGAGGUGAUUUUUUUCAAGAUGAUGAAAGAGGCAAGUAGCCAGUUCUAAUUAGGGCAUUCUGAGAACUGCCAAAUGACCCUUUUUCAUAUACAUUGAUUUAUAACAAGGUUGAAUGUCCAAACCCUAUUUUUUGCUAUAUUCCAGGAAUCCCAGUUUGGAACUAGCUACUUGCUAAUACAUUUUAUUUGUAUAUAUAGUUAAGUAGUAAUGAGGUUAUUUAUAAUUUAAACACAGUUUCCUACUGCCAGCUGCCGAAGGUAGGAGCUCAGUUGUUUCAUGCAAGUGAAGGAGGAGGAAAGUAGCAUUAUGUUAAAGGGAAUCUAACCAUUCUGUGAAUAAUUGCAAGGAUGUCACUGUCUCAUGUUUUUUUUU